UGCCAUCGUGGACGCAGACGCAGCUCGGAGGUUCUGUGAAAACAUCGACUGUCCGACCAACUGGAGAGACGCUGACGGAGAAAACUGCUGCAUCCACCACGCCAACAUCCACUCCUGUCCUCUGGGACACAUGACGGAGAGCAUCUGCGGGCCCUGGAUCCCUGACGACGGGAAGAUCUUCACUCACACCCUCUCCACCGCGGGGAAGAUGACGCAGAGCAACUGGACCUCCAAGGUGGUUCUGGUUCACUCCGGUUUGACCUCGCUCAUUGCUCACAUUCGAGUCGGACGCAUGCAGGUCGCUCUGGAGGCCAAGAGCACCGUGGAGCCGGCUGUAGUGUGUGGAGAUGGCGUCUGUGAGGAGGCGGAGCUUUGUUCUACGUGUUCGGCGGAUUGUGGUGAAUGCCCGAUGACUCCAACCACCAAACUGUCCAUCGGCCUGCCGCUCAGCCUGCUCUGCCUCUGCUUCGUCCUGACCGCCGUGUGGCUGAGGUACCAGAAACAGAAGCUGCUGUGGGACGAGAGCUGGAUCAUCGACUUCUCCAAGAUAAAACAAGACCAGGAGGCCCGGAUGACGAUGGGCAGUCUGAUGAGUGCGCCGGUGGGGAACAGCGACAGUAACACCAGCUGUGUGACGGCGCUCAGCUGCUACAACGGACAACCUGGGAGCCGGAAAACCCCGUUCACCUGCACCGGGAUAUAG